AAAACCUAAUUCCGCCUGUUCUUAGACGUUCGUAAAGGUCGAGUCCAUCUGAGAUGGCCUCCUUUUUUACAUGACAUAAAUUUCUUCAAGAAAUCUGGAAUAUGGUCAUUCCCAGUUUUCUGUGGAAUUUCACUAAGAAGUCUAUGACGGGCGGAUUGAUAGGUCUUACCAUUUCAGACAGAUAUGCAAGUGUUGCUUCUGUGCAAGGUCUCUCCAUGCAUCCCACAUUCAACCCAGGCACAACCACCUUUCUAGGAUCAUUGACAGGUGACCAUGUUUUGGUGGAGAAGUUUUGCCUUGAAAAGUAUAAAUUUUCUCAUGGAGAUGUGAUACUCUUUCGGUCCCCAACUAAUCACAAGGAGAAACACAUAAAGAGAAUAAUUGCAUUGCCUGGUGACAGGAUCAGAAUCCCUCAGUCAUAUGAUGCACUGAAAAUUCCAGAAGGGCAUUGCUGGGUGGAGGGGGACAACUCAGCUUCCAGCUUGGAUUCAAGAUCUUUUGGCCCGAUUCCUUUGAGUCUAGUACAAGGGAGGGUGACCCAUAUAAUCUGGCCUCCUCAAAGAGUUGGUGAAGUAAAGAGAAGAAUUCCUCAAGGGAGACUUUCAUCCUAGUGUUUUUUUUUUUGUUUUU